UCCAUUCACAGAAACGCUGGCUCGCUCGCUGGCCCUUUCAUUCACACAAACAGCAUCUCAUUCACAUUCUGUCGUUUUUUUGUCUGCUUCUAAUGAAGACCACGGUUUGGGAAUGGUGGGGCUGACUUGCUUCAGAUUGGAGGGGGACUCUAAUCACCAUCGAAAUCGUCCGUGGGGUGCGCAUCUGCUGUUGCUAUGCAAGCUAGGGGAAGGGAAAAAAGAGAGUGCGGGGUGGCUGCUGGGCUAGGGCUGCGGCGCGGUUGGAGAGCGGUGGGGACGCGUUUGCUGCGACAGGGCGGGCCUGGCUGCUCAGCGCUCCUUCGUCCUCUGGAGCCGGCCUCACCCGUGCGCCCGCCAUGGGUGACACUCCCUAAACUCCGUUCCUGGGGCUCCCAGAAAGCCUGGGAACCUCGCAGCCACCUGAGAUCAGCCCUGGGCGUGAGAAGACUCAGGGUGACCUGCUAGUGUGCUAGAAGGCAAAAGCAUUCGCUGGCACAGAAGUUACCGGGAAACUUUGACAGCGGUUGACUUCCCUGUGAUGCAGGUUAUUCAUCUUAAUGCAUGAGGCCACCUGGCAGAGGCCACCGAGGAAGGUCUCAGAAUCUUGGACAGACCUUCCGGGAGGCUGUCGAUGUCCUGCUCUCCUAAACGCCAGGAAGAAGGCCUGUGUGUGUCAUUGCAAGCCUGAGCCCGACUCCCAAGGAUGAGGCCGUUCUUCCUGUGGAUUUGAUGGGCAGUUAGAGCAGCCACAUUUUUUUUUUUCCUGCCUGACUGCAGGGCUGCAAAGCAGCAGCUGAAGGGACAUUGACAUGGAUUGGUGGUGUUACUAAGGCGUGCUUCCAGGGCUUAAACACAUUCAGUUGGAAUAAAGCUCAGAGCUCAACCCUCUUUUUUCCCUUUUUCUUUCUUGGCAUGGAUUUCUGGAGCCUGUUGCCGCUCAUCAGAGAAGCACCAUUCUUUUUUGGAAGUAGAUUUUCAACUUAAUCCUGACUGAGAAAGGCUGCUGGCUGCUGUAAAUGAUCAGGCAAGACCCCCUAAGCUGUACUGAGAAGAAGUUCAUGUGCAGAUUUUUUUUUCCGUGUGUUGUCUGAGGAAUUGCAUCGCCACAGACAUUCGCCAGCAGACACACAUGGCUGCUCUGUGGAUGUGAACAAGAAAAGCAAACCACAGGAAACCGACGCCUUUUAUUUAUUUAUUUUUUUUACAUUUUCACCUGAUGGUGAAGGGUUCCCUCUUUUCCUUUUUUUUUUUUCUGAAAAAUUGUUGCUGCUUCCUAAAUCAAGAUUCAUCAGGAUUUGCCUGAAGACUUCUUAAAAAGCCUUCGUCACAUUUUAACGCAUCGCUCGCUGUCAGACACUUCUGGGGCUCAUCCUCAUGAGCUUGGCAGGGGAAGAACGAACCCUAGCAUGGAAUAAUGGGUUUUGGAAAGUUCAAGAGAUCAUUUGAAGGAACUGGAUUUAACUUUGGCACAAAUGCAGGAUGGGGCAGGGGUAGGUGAAAAAGCAAAGAUUGGAAGGAAAUAUCUGCGAAGGUAAAAAAAGGAAAUUUGAGAACUGAUUGGCUGUAGUUGCUGUCAGCGGGUGGAUGUCGUUUUCUUCUCUCCCUCUCUCUCUCUUUUUGCUACAGGAAGUGGUUUGCGGAGCUCACCGAGCCUUUGUUGAGAAGGGUCUCCUCAGAGUGAGUCACGCUUUUGCUGGGAGCAGCCCCGUGCAGCUGGGCGCUCCAUCAGCGGCAACUAUGACUUUUGCAAGGCAAGCGUUCCACCCCAACCCGUGGUCUUCCGGGCCCGCGCUGCGUGUCGGUUGCUCUGCUGCCUUGUAACGGUGUGAGGGCUCGGUCGUCAGCCUCGGCUGUCCCUCUCCGGAAAGGUUGUCCCGGGACCCCAGCUCCUUGUCCCGCUCCGGGGCCCGCGGCUCGUGUGCUAUGCGCGGCAGCCCGCGCCGGGGCCGGCAGCAGCAGCGCCCGGGCGGAUGCGGCGAGCUCACGGAGGGGCAUGCUUCCACGCACCAAGUACAACCGCUUCAGGAAUGACUCGGUGACAUCGGUCGAUGACCUUCUCCACAAUCUGUCGGUGAGCGGCAGCGGCGGCAAGGUCUCGGCGGCGGCGCCCGCGGCGACCCCCUACCUGGUGUCGGGCGAGGCGCUGCGCAAGGCGCCGGACGAUGGGCCCGGCAGCCUGGGCCACCUGCUCCACAAGGUGUCCCACCUGAAACUCUCCAGCUCCGGCCUGCGCGGCCUGUCGUCCGCUGCCCGGGAGCGGGUGGGCGCGCGGCUUUCGGGCAGCUGCAGCGCGCCCAGCCUGGCGGCCCCGGACGGUGGCAGCGCGACCCCCGGGGCUCGCGCCCAGGCCGCCAGCAUGAGCGCCACCAGGAAGAGCCGGGCCGGCGACGAGCCGCUGCCCAGGCCCCCGCGGGGCGCUCCUCACGCCAGCGAGCAGGUGUUGGGGCCGGGAGUCACCUAUGUGGUCAAGUACUUGGGAUGCAUUGAAGUUCUGCGCUCAAUGAGGUCUCUGGACUUCAGUACAAGAACUCAGAUUACCAGGGAAGCCAUCAGUCGUGUCUGCGAAGCUGUGCCAGGUGCCAAAGGAGCCUUCAAGAAGAGAAAGCCUCCGAAUAAAAUGCUGUCCAACAUUCUGGGGAAGAGCAACCUCCAGUUCGCAGGGAUGAGCAUCUCCCUGACCAUCUCCACCGCCAGCCUGAAUCUGCGCACUCCUGACUCCAAACAGAUCAUAGCAAACCAUCACAUGCAGUCCAUCUCCUUCGCCUCGGGGGGAGACCCGGACACAACAGACUAUGUUGCCUAUGUUGCUAAGGACCCUGUUAAUCGCAGAGCUUGCCACAUUCUGGAAUGCUGUGAUGGGCUAGCCCAAGAUGUCAUUGGCUCCAUCGGACAAGCCUUUGAGCUCCGGUUCAAACAGUAUUUGCAGUGUCCUUCCAAGAUUCCUGCUCUGCAGGACCGGAUGCAGAGUCUAGAUGAGCCAUGGACUGAAGAGGAGGGAGAUGGUCCUGAUCACCCAUACUACAACAGUGUUCCCAGCAAGAUGCCUCCUCCAGGGGGAUUUCUUGAUGCUCGAUUGAAAGCCAGACCCCACGCUCCUGACACAGCCCAGUUUGCAGGGAAAGAGCAAACUUACUACCAGGGAAGACACUUAGGAGAAGCCUUUGGUGAAGACUGGCAGCGAGCACCCACCAGGCAGGGUUCCUUGGACAUCUACAGCACACCAGAAGGGAAAGGGCACAUGGCUCUGGUAGGAGAGACACCAACCUAUGUCAACACCCAGACAGUCCCUCCACAGGUUUGGCCAGCAGCAAGCAGCAGCACCGAGAGCAGCCCACGGAAGGACCUCUUUGAUAUGAAGCCUUUUGAAGAUGCUCUCAAGAACCAGCCCCUGGGGCCCGUGUUGAGCAAAGCAGCGUCUGUGGAGUGCAUUAGCCCUGUUUCACCCAGAGCCCCAGAUGCCAAGAUGCUGGAGGAGCUUGAUGCAGAACCCUGGUACCAAGGAGAGAUGAGCAGGAAGGAGGCAGAGGCACUGUUGCAGGAAGAUGGAGACUUCCUAGUCAGAAAGAGUACUACCAACCCUGGUUCCUUUGUCCUCACGGGCAUGCACAAUGGCCAGGCCAAGCACCUGCUGCUGGUGGACCCGGAAGGCACGAUCCGGACGAAGGACAGGAUCUUUGACAGCAUCAGUCACCUCAUCCACUACCAUCUUGAGAGCAGCCUGCCCAUCGUCUCUGCCGGGAGUGAGCUUUGCCUCCAGAAACCUGUGGAGAGGAAGCACUGACCAGGCCCAGAGCCCUCCCCAUGCUGUGCGCCAGGGUGAAAGAGAGAAACCGUGGGAAAUGAACAGCUUUAUUACCCAUCGUGCAUAGAGAACCAUCCUGUGGAGUGAACCUUCCAAGGUACCAGUGAACACUGUACCCCGGUUCACACUUCACCCACAACACUUUCCCACAACCAAAGCCACUAACAUUGGAGUCAAGUGACAGCUCACAAGGCAGGGAAGAGUGGACUAACCAGGCUUGGGCAAGGAGUUUCUUCUUCUUCUUCUUUUUUUUUUUUUUUUUUUAACACUAUGUGUGAGUUGCCAAAUUGACUGUUCUCUGUUCAACAACUUUUGGAUACAACUUGUUUCAGAGGAUUGUAAAAUUAUGUGCGUUUCUUUGUAUUCAGAAUUAAACAUUUGAUGUUUAAAGACCCCGGAUUAAGGAGACAGCUCAGCAUAAAUGUAUUGUAUAACAAGGUAUUUAAUAGUUUUUCAAAAUCAUUUGGAUGGCCAUACAUAUUGAUAUAUGAAUAUUUGGAAUUAUUCUGUUUCUGUUAACCUCUGUGAGACACAGUUACUGUAACAGUGAUCUGUCUGGGCUUAUGGCCAGCCCACAUCCUUCUACUUCAAUACCGGCAUGGAAUUGACUUCCUAAGUCACCUGUGAGGAGCAGAAAUAUAAUACCAAUUUCAAGUUUUCUAAUACUUUUCUAUGAUAAAACUUAGGUGAUUCGGUGAACAUUUGGAGAUCCCAAGAUACAACAAGCAAAGGUAAUUGGUUUGAACUGCCUUACCUCUAGGGGCUCCAUCCUGCUCUUUUGGGGACUGGUGUCUCAUGCCCUUCACCAUGGGCCUGGCACACCACACCGAAGCUUCUGGGAUAACCAAGUGGACUCAGUGUAUAGCAUCCCCUCCUCGUGGCCCAGGUAUGGCAGGAGGCAGGCCGACUACUCUAGACAAUGCUGUUCUUCUUGUUAUCACUAGGUCCUGGGAUAUGUGCCUUCAUCAUCUGGACAGCCAUCCAUGCAUUUCGGUUUCCAUAGCAGCCCCCCUGAACCUCUGACCUAGACACUGAAAUCAUUUGGGUGAUGAAGUUUGCACUUGUCCAUACAGUUUCCAAAGCAUGGAGCCAGUGAUGUAAUUAUACAUUUUCUAUAAAACGCAACCUUGUUCCAUUUCUGUGAACGGCUCUUUCCCAGCACAGAAUAACCACGGCUCAAAGAUUGAGAGAAGCAACCAUUUUUAAAUAGUUAAUUGUUCCAGUGACUAUAGGUGUGAGUCUGUUGGCAAUAAAGGCUACUGUGAAAAGUG